AUGGUGAAAAUAGUCAAACUUGAAGAGACAAAUGUUGCCCUAGGGAAACAGACUGCCAUGUCAAGCGUAAGUAACGGUCGCGAUGGAGCUAAAGGCGUAGAUGGCAAUACUAACGAAGAUAUAGACGAAGGAUCUUGCUUCCAUACUGACACUGGCAUAGAACACACUGGCACACUGAACCCAUGGUGGCGAGUCGAUCUUGAAGCUAUGUUUCAUAUUGUUAAUGUAACAUUAUUCAAUCGCAUUGAUGGAUGCGGGACUCUUGGAUGCGGUUAUCGGGCUAGUAACUUGAGGUUGAGUAUGGGGACGACACUGGAGUCUAUGAACAUUGUUGACACUGUGCCAGAUCAGAUUAAGGAUAUUCAUACGUUCAGUUUCCCUGAGGGUAAACAAGCAAGAUACGUUCAAGUGACACUUGAAGGACAAAAAAAGAUUCUACAUCUUUGCGAAGUACAAGUGUUUGGAUUUCAAAUUGAUGAGAGAAAUGUUGCCCUAGGGAAACAAACGACCGUGUCAAGUGUAUAUAACGGCUUCUAUGGAACAAAAGGCGUAGAUGGCAAUACUAACCAAGAUCAUAACAAAGGAUCUUGCUUUCAUACUAGACCUGACACACUGAAUCCAUGGUGGCGAGUCGAUCUUGGAGCUAUGUAUCAUAUUGUCAAUGUAACAUUAUUCAAUCGAAUUGAUAGUGAUUGCUAUAUUGAUGGAUGCAAUCGUCGGGCUAGUAACUUGAGGUUGAGUAUGGGGACGUCACUGGAGUCUAUGAAUGUUGUUGACACUGUGCCAGGUCAGAUUGAAGAUAUUCAUACGUUCAGUUUCCCUGAGGGUAAACAAGCAAGAUAA